AAUCUAACAAGACGUUUUAUUGAAAUAUUGCCUAAUCCCAAUAAAAAUCUUAUUUAUUGUUUUAUGUAAAGACAAAUAUGUCUACAGAAGAAAUCGCAGGCCCAUCAUUGGCUAACAGAAAUACAUUUUCAUUCAUCAAUUCUCAAAGAAAUCGUCCAAUUCUAUUAAAAGAUGGAUAUAAAUAUGUUCACCUAAGGAAAAAUAAAGACGGAUCUUCUAUGUGGCGUUGCUCGAAAAAGUCAACUUGUCGAGGUAUGCUUAAAUUAAAUUUCAAUAACACCACUAUAUUAAAAGCAACUGAUCAUAAUCAUGAAGGCGAUUUGACGAAUAACGAGAUUCUAUUGAAUUUAAAUGAUUGCGAGGAUCAAGUAAAGCAUAAUCUAGCUGCUUUUGUCUCAAGUCUAUACUUUGAUACUAUUGAGCGAAUAGAAGAGAAAGGACUCAAUUUUGUUGCAAAUAUCCCACGUUUCCAAAGUGUAAAAAAUAAAUUAUAUAGAAAAAGGAACAAAUCAUUGGGUGUUCAAUGCAUAUCAUUCAAUAAUAUGGCUAAUACAGUUGUACCUGAGCAGUUUCAAGAUAUCUUGCUUGCAGAUCGCAUCGGAAAUCAACGAAUUCUCGUUUUUGCCCACCAUAAUAUGAGAGGAAUUAUUGCACAUUCAAAGAGAUACUUCUGUGAUGGAACGUUUAAAACUUGCGUUAGGAAGUUCUAUCAGCUAUUCACCGUUCAUGUCGAUAUUGGGAGUACGAAAUAUCAUACGAACAUUAUUCCCACUAUUUAUGCUCUGCUGCCCAAUAAAACAGUUGACACUUACGAAACACUAUUUUGUUUAAUCAAAAGCCAAAUACCGGAGUGGAACCCAGAAACCAUCACAUGUGAUUUUGAAAAGCCUCUUAUACAAGCUUUGCAACAAGAAUUUCCAAAUAUAAAAAUUGUGGGGUGCUAUACUCAUUUCAAGAGAUGUUUGUGGCGAAAAGCAGAAACGUUGAGCCUAACAAAGUCGAAAUUGGGAAAAGAUCAUGUGAAGAGAUGUUGUACAUUGCCACUUUUACCGACUGAUGCACAAUCAGAUGCCUGGUUAUAUAUCAUGGCUGAAUGCUUAAACACUGAAGAUGCAACAAGAUUUAAUGACUAUUUUAUUAAAACAUGGCUCGAUAACAAUUCUGAUUAUGCAAACACAUACAACUGCUAUAAAGAACAUCAUCGCACUAAUAAUUCUGUAGAAGCAUGGAAUGCCGGAAUAGCCAAAAAAUUGAAACGGAAACCAAAUAUAGUACAGUUUCUGGUCGCGAUCAAAAGAGACAUUAAUAUUUUUUGGCGCCGGGUUAUGAUGGACGGACCUAUAUCAAGAAAAAAAUUGAAACUAUCAGAAUGAAUACUAUGAUCGUAGCCACUGUUAGAGAGUUUGAAUCAGGAGAAAUUAGCAUCGGUCACUGUAUCGAAAAAAUUAAGUAAAUAAAAAUAUAUUUAUAUUGUCUUAUAAUAAUAUUUUAUAUUUUACUGUUGAUUUUAUUGAUCUCUAUAUUUUUUUUCUGUUUUAAAAAACGUUGCCCCACAUUAGGGUUUUCUCUUGUGUCGUGGGUGCGUUUACAAACAUACAAGUUCACAUACACAUCACGUUACACAUCACAUCAUUAACCUGACUGUACCCUUUUUUGCAAAAAAGCUGGGUGUGUCCAGUUGGCGAGAACAUAAAAG